AUGUCCGGCUGGGUGGAUUGGUCCAAGACCACGCAAUCCCGCAACUAUCGCGGCUCGACCUCGUUCGCGACGUUCAUGAUCAUCGGACCGACCUGCUUCUUUCUCGGCAUCCUCUUCGCCUCGUUCCCCUACGACUUCCCCCUCCUAUGGACCUCGGCGCCCGUCCCGGACACCUUCUUCCAGCACCUCGAGACCCACCUCAAGUUCAUGCACCAGUCCCCGCCCCUCAUCGGCCGCCUCCUUAACAUCAUUGUCUUCACCGGCUUCCUCGGCUUCUUCAUCAAGCUCUUCCGCCCCUCCGAGGCCAACGUCCUCUUCGACGGCGCCUCCCUGGUCCUGUACCUCAUCGGCGUCGGCGUCUACAUCACCAACAUCGUCAAGGGCCUGCGCUCCGUCUCGGCCGGCAUCUGGGACGACCCCAACUUCACCGGCGAGGUCACGGACGGCCACGUCGAGGGCGAGAUCAUCCUCGGCAAGGAGGACAGCCUGAAGGUCCUGGCCGCGAGCAACACCAUCCUCGCGCUCGUCCUCGUCGGCGUCUUGGUGCUGCAGGCCGGCCAGUGGUAUGCCGAGCGCAAAGACCGCGAGGACAUUGUGAAGCUCGAACAGGAGGAGAGGAGCAACAGCAAGGGUUCCGGGUCGCACAAGAAGAAGCAGUGA